AUGGAGCAUCCCUUGGAGCAGCCCGAUUUCCCCCUGGCUGUCCGCAGUCUAGAGACCUUGACCGAGCAGGUCGCUCGCUGUCAGAAUCUACCGGCCGUUGAUGGUGGCCUUCGACUCGCACAGGUGCUUGCAGAGAUGCGCAAUGACAUGCGGGACAUGCGGAAUGAGAUGCGCACCGUCAACAGGAAGUUAGACGACCUAGACCGUAAGGUGACUGCUGAGAGACGGAACGCAGUGGCCCGAGCCCAGAACGGCGUGGUCGUACGUUCGGACAUGACCUUGGAGCCCUUGUCCAGCGUCACCAGCGGUGAGCGGUUGGGAAACUUCCCAGCAACUCUGGGCCAGUUGGAACGGCUAGAAAGUGAGUCUUUCAUCUAUUGA